AUGAAGAGAGCAGAGACGCCCCAGGGAGCUCUUCGUGAGCUCAAGACCAUACACGACCCUGAAUCAUCUGUACAGCCGUCAGAGGACCUCAAGUCCCUGACGUCGACCAAGCUCUUUAGAGGUGAAAACCCUCAAAACGCCCUAUAUGAGAUGCUUCGAACCGCAAAGUCCUUAACCGAGAAAGGACUAACUGUCAACGAAACGUUCAUCCUUCACCUCUUCCUGGAUGCCCUUUCGGACGAGUAUGCCAUGACAAAGCACAACCUGCGACACGCGAAGGAGUUGAUGCGGACCGGGGUGGGGAAAGGAAAAGAGGCGAAGGGACGAUGUGCAGACAACUUCGUGAACUACCGUGAGCGUAGCGGUUGGGUGAAGGGGAUCGAGGGCGGCAAGGCCCUCGUUCCUCUUCUAGGAUACGGAAAUGUGACCUUAGUCCUACAGACGGAAAAUGGUGGAGUACCCGAGGCCCCCUUCAACCUCCUCUCGCUGUCUUCGUUGGCGGAGGAGGGCCACACGUAUUCGGGGAUGAAGGGGGGCCACACGCUGACCACGAAAGCCGGGGGGGAGCCAACGCUACACACCGCUUGUGCCGCACUCAUUGUUCCUGGCGAUGCGAAAGCAGCCAACCCUACUGACCUCAACGAGUACCACCUCGCGCACGGCCAUGCCCACGAGACAUUGCUCAGGAUCACGGCGGAGCAGCAGGGAGUGCAGCUGACGGAUGGACCGCUGCUACCCUGUCUUGGCUGUUCGAUGUCCAAGGGACAGGUGAAACCCGUCCGGAAGAGCACGAGCACACGCGCACUGCUACCUCUCGCAGAUGACGAGGAGUGCGGGGAGGGCGAGAGCAGAGCGGAUACAUCACGCCAAGGUUGGGGGGGGGAGAGCGACUCAGAGAGUGAGUCCGACCUCGACGUGAUGGAGGCUCGUGGGCCAGGGCAAGCGACGCCGUUUGUGCGCGAGGAGGCGCCGACGGCACCCGGCAACGGGAUUCCGGGGGACGGAGGCAGCGUUCCCCCGUCGCCCCCUUCGGGAAGGGGCGACUUCGGCGGAGGCAGUGACAGCCCCACCGACAGCAGCAGUAGCAGCAGCAACAGCAGCAGCAGCAGCAGCAGCAGCAGCAGCCCGAGCAGCAGCAGCAGUGACGCCGGCGGUGCCGGCGGCCCGGGCGGCGAAGAGUCCGGCGACUCAGGUGGGGACGGCGGUAGCGAUGGUGAUCCCGGCGACUCCGGGAACCUCGAGAAGUUGAAGUAUGAUCCAGCCGACGACCGCUACCCCCGCGGGCUAAAAGGGAAGAAACUCCUCUGGGGCGCCUCGAACGCUGGCCCGCUGCGCCAUGGGCUUGAGAGUGGCCGCACGCGGAAGCAGACCCGGGAGAUGCAAGGUGCCGGGGAGAUGCCGGGGCCCGGAGAAACACCGGACCCGGAAGAGGCAUUGCUGGCGACCAUCCUGGAAACUGGCGGGACGGGGAUUGUUGAGGACUACAUCUGCAACUCGCUUGUGAAGGAGCAGUGGGACGAGGAGCAGACACGCCGUAUGGAGGAGAUGUACAGGCGCGAGAUGCAGGAGGUGUUGGGCCCGGAACAGCAGGCGUUCGGGGCCGAGGUCGACGCCAGCGGGUCUUCGCAACCACUCCCAGACCCACAGCCAAAUGGCCACGACAGGACUGGAACCUUCACCAAGGUCAAGGAGCUGCCCGAGGGGCGGAAGGCCAUAGGUUCAAAGUGGGUGUUCUCUUGGAAGACGAAUGAGAAGGGCCUGAUAGUCGACUUCAAGGCCCGUAUGGUUGCGCGGGGUUUCUCUCAAAUCCCCGGCAUCGACUUCCACCACUCAUCCUCAGCGUGCCCGUCUGCAGCGUCUAUCAAGACGGUGAUUGCCGUAGCCACUGAAAAGGGCAAGAAACUCGCUCACUGGGAUGUGAAGCAAGCGUACAUCCACGCUAAGCUAAAAGAAGAAAUAUACCUCAGGUUCCCGGAAGGCUGUGGUAGCAUGUCCGGCAAGGUGGUCAAGGUUGAGCGUGCCCUGUAUGGCCUAAAGCAGAGUGGCCGUGAGUGGGGGUUUGAAGCUGCCGAUGCCCUCAUCGAGAAUGGAUACGAGCAGUGCAGGGUUGACCCGUGUGUCUUCCGGAAGGUAGUGGAUGGAGAAGUCGUAGGUCUCAUCGUGAUCUACGUUGAUAACAUCUUAGUGGCGGCAGACGAGGGAGAGCGCCUCAUUGCCAUGGAUGUAGAAAAGGGCAUCACCAAGCUGUCCCAGACAGCAUACAUUGAGAGCAUGCUGAAGCGGUUUGAUGUGACCACGACCGCUUUCACCCCUGCUGCCACCGAUGCCGACCUAGGGCCGAAGAGAGAUGACGAGCCCGCGGUGGAUAAGCCUGUGAGGGAGGCGAUCGGAUGCCUGAUGUGGACGAAGCUGACGAGGCCAGACAUCGCCCUGCCUCUGAACAAGCUCCAGAAGAUCGCCCACUCACCCACCUGGAGGAUAUGGAACGCGCUUGUGCGGAUCAUGUCCUACCUGAACUUCACGAAGGACUUCGGCAUCACCUACGUACGGGGGUCAGGACUAGACCUAAGCGUGUUUGUCGAUGCCAGCUACGCUGACAACGAAGUAGUCAGGCGUGCUACGACCGGUCUAGCUGGCGUGAAGGAGGCGUUGUUUGUGCGUGGCGUUCUGUCGUUCAUAGCGCCCGAGACGAGUGGGGCGAAGAUCAAGGUCCUUGAGGACAACAAGGGGGCUCUCGCCUUAAUCGAGAACCCGUUCAGCUCAGCGAAAAGCAAGCACAUCGACGUGCGGUUCCAUUUCAUUCGCGAGCUAUUCAAGUCGGGCAAGAUCACUGCAGAGUAUGUUCCGACUGGAGAGCAGCACGCCGAUAUGCUGACCAAGGUCCUUGGCAGAGAGAAGUUAAGUACCACCGGAAGGCUCUGA